GCUCAUAGGACAAGUGCAUCGUGUGCGUUAAGUUAAACUGCUUUACGCUAGUAACCAACAGGUUGGAUAACACGUAAAAUCUGUCGUUGCUCACUCGUCUGGCUUUUUGUGUUGCAGUUGGUACCAGCAAGGUUUUUAUUGCCCAUAAGCUUCUAUACUGUAUCCUGGGAAAGCCUUUCUGACUUUACAAAGCUUGCAAACGUUCACCUACAUCCUAAUAUAGCGAAGGAUUGCAGCCUUCCUUCUGGGAUGGCCUGCCGGCUUAUAGAACCGAACUCUUCUGGGGGAUAGGACCAGGUCCCAGGCACCAUGGACAACCAUUCGCUGCGGCUGGCGUCGAUGCCGAACCUGUCGCCAGCCGGGGCAGCUCCUGUGAGGGCACCGCUUGCCAGGGAAGUCAUCGACGAGGAAGCUGAGAUGCAGCCUACCUUUCCUGAGUAUGGACGCUCAAAUAGCGCCGAGGCACAGGAGGCUAGGGCACAUUUGCUUGGCGUGCAGCAGCAAGCGUGGGAUAGAUGCAGCUCUGCGGACGGCAUGGACCCUGCCGUGGCCAGGCAGUUGGCCUCGGCAGUGGAGGAUAAGCUGAAACUUGCACCUAUCCUUGCCAAGCGGCUUGAGCGAGUAUCACAUUCUUCAGGCUCAGGCAGCUUUAGCUCUCGGCAAAGUGCAAGCAGCAUGACCUACACCCUCAACCCGAGCGGGCCGUCGGGGAGGCCUCAGCGUCUGGUUCCAACCUCAGACUACAGCAAGUUAAACUUCCUUGUCACUUCCCUGGAAGGGGUGAAAGGGGAGCGAAACCUGAAGGUGGAAGGGUCAGCGCGACUCCCUCAGGUUAUUCCCAGGGACCCGAGCGGCUCCCCCACCACGUGCAGCCGAGGCGGCAACUCGCACAACUUUGAUGAGGCGAAGCGUCAGGUUGACCGGGAUUUGCGUGUUUUCCUCGACGAUGUGCGCGAGCUGUACGCGCAGAUCGGGGACCGUGAGGGCGCGGACGUGCCCAUCGUGCUGGAAGUCAUUGCCAGCAUUAUGGACAUUGCCGAGGAAUGCCUCGAAACACCAGUCGAGGACUUCAAGCUCACUAUCACGGACAUCGUUGAUAACAUUGAGGAGGAGCGCUCUUCGUGCCAGCAGCGGACGAUUCGUGCUCUGUACACCCGGCUGCUAUUCAUCCUCACACGAUGCAGUCGCUUGCUCAUUACCGAGCAGCAACACCUCUUCGCGACCGAACCCCGUAACCGAAGGCGACACUCGCAAGUGUUUGGCCCAGGCUUCGCUACCAAAACAGAAAAGGAGCUUGGGCUGCAUUUACCGUGCCCGCCGCUCAACCAGGCUUGCGAUAGCGCUGCCAUCGCGCCCAACAACGACGAUGAGCCCGUCUUCCGUUCGCAUACCAUGCCCGUCAAGGCAAUGUACAACAUGGUGCAGCGGCUGAAGCGGGAGGGCCCCAUCGCCCCGGCGGGUGGCUGGGCAGAACCCCAACAGCUGUCUCGAAUAGAAAGCGAGCUGCCCGACUCCCCCGCGGACCGCAACCAGCAGAGCGAUGCGCCGCCGUUCCAUCACCACAGCCAAAGCAGCGACCUGGACGGGUUGGGUAUGGGAAGCGAUGGCAGCACCACCAGCCUCAGCAAAAAGAAGAAGGGCUUCUUCGGAAAGCUCUCAAAGGGCAUUAAAAAUUUAACAGACGGGUUCAAACGGAAGUCUUCCAACGUGAAGGAUAAGGACGGCGCCGAUGCGAUGUCUCGGCCGCAUUCGGAGCUUUCUCAGCAGCCCCAGCAUGUGCGGUUCCGACUGUCAUCGGACCAGCCGCAGAAGUCGCCCGCGUCUCCGGCGAGCAGCAUGCGCAGCCCUAAGCCCCUCACAGACGGCGGCGAGGGCAGCGAGACCCCGCGCCGGCAGGACGUCCCACGCACGGUGCGCUUCCAGGAGGCGCCGGUGCACAUCAUCGGGGACAGCGACGAGGGCAGCCCGAUGGGGCCUCGCAGCUGCGCGGACGGGAGCGUCAGCGAGGACGGCGACAGCGGCAAACGGGCGAAGCUCAUGGUGCAGACGGAGCGCUCAGCACUGGAUGAUGGCCGCACCAGCCACUCGCCGCAGGCGUCCAGCGAGCUGGAGGCGUUGGGCGGGGGGCGCGCGAAGCUGUACCGCCGUGCGUCAGUUGACCUGUUUGCCAUGGGGCUGUGCACCGGAGGGGUGGACCCGCCCAUGUCGCCCGAGGGGUUGCCGCCGGAGGACUUGACUGUGAUUUGCUCGAUCUGCGAGGAGGCCUGGCUGAGCACGCACCUGGAGGAGCACAGCAUUCAUUGCGCGGUACUCCGCACGCUGAGCGGCAACGGGCUGAGUGUGGACGCGCAGCUGACCACCAUCGCCAACGUGCUGGAGGAGUGGCUGGAGACGCCGCUGGCCUUCCCUGCGCUCGGACCCGCACCCAGCCAGUACCAUGUCAAGAACCAGCUGAUCAAGCUGAUCCGCGCGGCUCGCAACUCCGCGGCGCUGCAGCCGGACGGCUCCAAGGUGCCCACCACGCGCUGCUUCUCCAUCCAGGGCGAGCUGAACGACAUGCUGGAGGCGGCGGCGCAGAGCGACAAGCUGGCCAUCGUGACGCAGACGUACGCGCACCGGAUCAUGCGGCUCAUCUCGGAGAAGGUCAACCUCUUGGCGGAGCCUUUUGGCGGGCACCGAGUGCGCACCGGCGGCGGCAGCGACGCGGGCGACAGCGGCACCUCCACGCCGCGCAGCAUGCCGGGCAUGUCGAUUGAGGAGUUUGAGAUCAUCAAGCCCAUCAGUCGGGGCGCCUUUGGCCGCGUGUACCUCGCACGCAAGCUGGCCACCGGGGACCUCUUUGCAAUCAAGGUGAUGAAGAAGCGCGACCUGAUCCGCAAGAACAUGGUGGAGUCGGUCACCAACGAGCGCAACAUCCUGGCCAUGGCGCAGAACCCCUUCGUGGUGCGCUUCUACUACUCGUUCACCUCGCGGGAGAACCUGUACAUCGUCAUGGAGUACAUCAACGGGGGAGACUGCUUCAGCUUGUUGCGCAAGUUCGGUGCGCUGGACGAGGAGGUGGCGCGCCAGUACAUUGCGGAGACGGUGCUGGCGCUCGAGUACUGCCACGCACAGGGCAUCAUCCACCGCGACCUGAAGCCAGACAACCUGCUGAUCAACGCGCAGGGCCACGUGAAGCUGACGGACUUCGGGCUGAGCUGCGUGGGCGUCAUCGACCGCACGGACAACCUCAACAGCUCGCAGCCCAUGGACACGGACGGGCCGGAGCACGAGGCGGAGGCGGGGUGGGGGCAGGCGGCGGAUGCAAGCGGCGAGUACAGCGGCAGUGGCGGCGGUGUGAGCGCGGGGGAGCCCAUGGACGCAUCCAAGCCGGAGGACGGCCCCAGCAUGCAGGACUUCGGGCCCCAGGGCGGCGCCCGCACCAGCGCACCCGGGCAGUGCGCCGCGGCGUCCUCGCUGGGCAUGCCGCCCAGGCCGUUCGUGCAGCACCAGCGCAUCGUGGCUCCCGAGCACGAGUGCCGGCGGGCGGUGGGCACCCCCGACUACCUGGCCCCCGAGCUGCUGCUGGGCACGGGGCACGGGCCGGAGGUGGACUGGUGGGCGCUGGGGGCCAUCCUGUACGAGUUUGUCACAGGCACGCCGCCCUUCAACGCGGACACGCCGGAGGACAUCUUCGACAACAUCCUGGACCGCCGCAUCACGUGGCCGGAGGACGAGGAGGACAUGUCGUGCGAGUGCCGCGACCUCAUCGACAAGCUGCUGCACCCCAACCCGCUGAAGCGCCUGGGACACAGAGGCGCCGGUGAGGUGAAGCUGCACCCCUGGUUCGAGGGGCUGGACUGGACCAGCCUGGUCCGCAACAAGGCCGCCUUCAUCCCCGCGGUGGAGGACGAGACGGACACCUCCUACUUCGAGUCCAAGCACGUCUCGCAGCGCUCCAUGGCGGAGGACCUGGACAAGCUGCGGACCAGCGCGCAGGCGGGCCUCAACGAGCGCAGCAGCGCGCAGGCGGGGCCCGGCAGCGGCCUGUCGGGGCUGGGGGCGGGGUCGGGGCCGAGCGGCGGGCAGCCGGGAGGCGGGCGCACGCAGGUGGACCGGCUGAAGGACCAGUACCACCGGGAGGGGUCGGGGCUGCGCAGCACCGGCUCCAGCGCCAGCCACGGCUCCUCGCACGUCAGCCGCACCAGCUGCACCGGCAACCUGCCGGGCCUGUCGCACCUGCCGUGCAGCCAGUCGUGCGGAGCAGGCGGUGUGCCGGACCCCAUGGAGGGCGUCCACCUGCCGCGCAUGUCCAGCAGCCCCAACUCCACGGGGCCGUCCGACAGCGGCCUGCCGCCCCCGCCCAGCUGCUCCCACGGCCGCAGCAGCGCCAACCAGGCCAUGCUGUGCGGCUCCGUGCUCAACCCGCGCAACAGCGGAGGCAGCAGCUGCUGCGGGGCUGCUGCUGCUGCGGGGGCCGCGGGGCUGCGCAGCAGCAACUACGGUGCGCGCAACAGCGCGAGCGGAGUCCCUGCAUGUGGGUCGGAUGCGGCUGGCGUGGGGGUCAUGUCGGAGCGACCGUCCCCCGCGUCGGCUGGGGCGGCUGGCGGCGGCGGUGUCACGCCGGCUGGCGUCUCCGGCUGGGGGGACGGCGCCGAGGCGGACUGCCUGGGAGGCAUACCGGAUCCGUACGCCACCUACGUCGACGGAUACGACGAGGACGGAGAGGUGGAGGGGGAUGAGGAGGUGCAGGAUGGGGAGGGUGCGGAGGGGGAUGCGGGGCACACGCCGCUGGAGGAGUCGCCGACUGGCAGCGGGGAGGAUGCCGUGGAGCUGGGCGUGGAUCACGACCCCUUCGGCAACUUCUCGUUCACCAACUUCACGGGGCUGUCGGCGGCCAACAUGGAGAAGAUCCAGAAGCUACGGGAGCACUUCAACCGCCGUACCUCCUACUCAGGGCCCACCAAUUAGCGCGGUUCCAUUUGCUCCGUCGCUUCUUUUUAGGAAUGCGGCAGAGUCGAACUGCGUAAAGUCUUGGACCCCUGGCCGAGUAAAUAUUGCCUCCGGCUUCAUGGCGCGUCCUGUGGGCUUUCGGAUGUGCGUUUGCAAAGGAAUGAGAUGCUUACACAGUAGCACGCAUAUGGGGGGCGAACUGGACUGUAUGAUAACCCCAUUGCACUGGAAAACGCGCAACUGAGGGUCUGUUAGUUUACUUGCCCGGCUGUGCUGGACGGUUAGCAUGUACCGGUACAGGCGAACAUGUCGGUUGGGGGUUUGGACGGGAUUGUGCACGGCCGGAUGUUUGCUGUGUCGAAUAGUGCAAGCGGUUCUUUGUCUUGGUUUUGUUUCGCGACCGUUUGGUCGCAUUUUGCUGUUAGGGUCCGCUGUGUUCGAUUCACUAGCCCCUCCAAACGUAUACCCCAAACUGCGAUAUAGUAGCUGCAUUGCAGGGACGGAGUAGCAGCAGCCGGGAUGCAACCGCAAGCGAUUCGGUGUAAGCUAGUAGGUCGGUGUGGCACGCCUUGAAUUGUGCUAUCUGCAUAGGUUAGAAAGUGUUGCACGAGGUACCGGUAAGCGCUUUCUGUUUCGGUUUAGGAACUCCCGUAUGGGGAAUUCGCAGCAAGCACUGGCACCGUAGCUGACAGAGCUGUCAGCCGGCUGGUGGAGCGCAUUCGGAGCUGCUAGCGGUGUCCGUGUUUAGCCUUUGCGUGAUGACUUGUCACCAGGCAUGGAGGUGGCUGCUUGACGCAAUGAAUAACGAACGGAGUCGUGGCAUUCCGAUUUAAAGACGCUUGAAGGCC